AUAGAUAAAGAGCCAACUAUUAAUUAUAAUAAUCAAGAUAUUUAUGAAGAUUAUUCAGCUCCAAAAGCUAAUAGUUAUUCAAAAUCUAUAUAUGCAAAUUUUAUUUCACUAUAUCCAGACCAUGAAUGGAUAAUACUUUGGAUUCUAAAAUUUCAAAGACGAUGUUGUCUUACUAAAACAGCUACAAACUCCUUAAUUAAAUUUAUAAAAUUAAUUCUUAUAGAAAUUUAUAAUGAUGAAGAAAGGUUUAGGUUGUUUCCAAAAACAUUAGAUAAG